AUGAGCGAACUUCAAAGCGGAAACCAAAAUCCACCAGAGGCGGCUCCGCGCGGAAAUGAGCCGCCGGCAUCCGAAGGCUCUCCGGAAAGUACGUCCAAGUCGGAAGCGACGUCGGAGACAUCGAUACUCCGUUCGAACACGAGAGGCAAACGCCACUCUGGAUGCCGGGUGAGCAUUCAGGAAGAGAGAGUUCUGAGCCCGAGUGGCACCGCGGUACCCUUAGCUCUGGCGUCGAAUGGGAAACACCCGGUCCGGAAAUCGUCGUCGAUCACGUCCAUCCGACGACAUCGUGCCCCUUCUGUUCUGGCGGGACCGGAACUAGAAACAAUCGUGACGGAAUAUUCUACGAACGGCUCGUACGCAGGUGCACAUCUUGCUCAUCGUAUGAACCAGUGUCGACCGUUGGCUAUUCUCCUCCGCUUUCGAGUGGCACAGAUCGCUUCGGGAUCGUGUACGUUUCUGUUGGGAUGUGUUGCACUCCUGGAUACGGCGACGCGAGGAUCGCUGUCCUUCGCGCUUCUCGCGGGCGCCCUGGGCGUCGUCACCGCCUCCCUGCAUACGUCGGAUUGUCGACGAAGAGGCAUUUCCGGACUCGAGUACAUUUGUCCCGGACUCCACGUGACCGUGUUCGUCAUCCUAACUGUGAUAAUGAACUUCGCUUUGAUCGUCUUAGAUAGCCUAUGCAUCUUCGGUGCUACGGACAAAAACUCGUUCAAAUUAGGCAUCGCUCAAGCGAUUGUAUGUUUACCGUGGAACUGUCUCGAGUUCAUCACAUUGGCUCUCCGAGUGAUGUGGGCUCGCCGCGUGCUUAGGUGA